AAACUACAACUUUUGCGAUUUAGCUUACCAGGUUAUUAUAGUGUUCAUUGGAAUGAUCGUAGAAUGAAACCAUUAGAAAAUAAACGAAAGAAAAUUAUUUAUUAAGCACAGAACAUUGAAAUUAAGUUGCAACAUACUUGUAAUACAGCUGGACCGUGGAAAAGAGGCGGAACAUGCCAUUGCACCCCACCCCGAAUGUCUGUUAAAGCUGCAGUUGGUAUUGAUCUAGGGACAACAUAUUCAUGUGUUGCUGUCGUACAAAAUGGGAAGGUGGAGGUUGUUGCUAACGACUUGGGCUUUAGAACCACUCCAAGUUGUGUCGCAUUUACCGAAAGUGAACGUCUUAUUGGAAAUGCUGCCAAAAACCAAAUUGCUAACAAUCCAAUAAACACAAUUUUUGACGUUAAACGAAUGAUUGGCAGACAAUAUUACGAUGAAACAAUACAAGAAGACAUACAAUCUUGGCCAUAUAAGGUAUCAAAAGUUGAUAACAAAGUUAAAAUUAAUGCUGAAUAUAAAGGAGAAUUAAGAUUGUAUUCUCCUGAAGAAAUAAGUGCAAUGGUGCUUACAAAGAUGAAGGAAACAGCUGAAAUCUUUCUUAAUGAGAAAGUGACGGACGUUGUCAUUACAGUUCCAGCCUAUUUUACUGAAGUCCAGAGACAGGCGACAAAAGUUGCUGGUGAAAUAGCUGGACUAAACGUCUUGAGACUUAUUAGUGAACCCACAGCUGUGGCUUUAGCUUAUGGUGUAGAUAAGUUAAUUAUUGGAAAGAAAACGGUUUUAAUCUUUGACUUUGGGGGCGGUACUCUAGACGUAUCAAUAGUAACUAUUCGUGACGGUGAAGACUUUGAAGUUAAAGCCACUGCUGGCGACACACACUUAGGCGGAAGUGAUUUUGACAAGAAAAUGAAAGAAUACUUUAUAGAAGCUUUUAAAGACAGAUACGACAAAGAUAUAAGUGGAAAUCCUAGAUCAGUUAGAAGACUUCUUACUGCUUGUGAAGACGCCAAAGUAGUGCUCUCUGCCAAAAUGGAAACGACUGUUUAUGUUGAUGCUUUAUAUAAAGGCAAAGAUUUUUCAACUACAUUUUCACGAGCAGCCUUUGAAGAGUUGUGUGAUGAUUUAUUGUCAUCUAUAAUCAAACCGGUCGAAGAAGCUCUUUCAAUAGCACAUCUUAACAAAAACCAAAUCGAUCACGUUAUUCUUGCAGGAGGUUCAACUCGUAUCCCUAAAGUACAGAAACUCUUAAAGGAUUUCUUUAAUGGCAAAGAGCUCAAUAAAUCUAUUAACCCGGAUGAGGCCAUAGCUUAUGGUGCGGCUAUACAAGCUGCAUUGCUAACAGGCAAUAUGGGUAGUUUCAUGAAAGAUAUAAAGUUGGUUGACGUCACACCGCUUACUUUAGGCAUUCGUGUUUUGGGCGAAAUUUUGUCACCAAUUAUCAAAAGGUGCUCCCCCAUUCCUACACAACACACAGAAACAUAUGUAACUAUUGAAGAUUUCCAACAAGAAGUCGCUGUUAGCAUAUAUCAGGGUGAACGGCCCAUGAUUAAAGACCUCACUUAUCUUGGUCAUAUUAUGUUAACGGGAAUACCACCUGCACUCCGUGGUGAAGAAAAGAUCGAGGUAACUUUUUCUAUAGACGUAGAUGGUAUCUUAAGUGUAGUUGUAUAUCAGCCAACUACUGGGAAAUCUAUGGAUUUAGUAAUACAGAACGUCAAUGGAAGGCUUAGUAAACCUGAAAUUUUAAAAAUGAUUGAAGAUGCUACAAAGUUUAAAGAAGACGACAAAUUAAUGAAAGAAAAAGCACACGUAAGGAAUAGUUUGGAAGAGUUCGUCUAUAAAGUUAAAAGAUGUGCCAAUGCCACUGGAGAGGAGUUAGCAAAAGAAGAUAAAAUCACUGUUUUGGAGGCCUGCAGUAGUAUUAAAGAGUGGAUGGAGAAUAACAGCCAGGUAGAAGUGGAUGAAGUUAAGACGAAACAUGAAGAGCUAGAAGAGCUAGCUUCAUCCAUAUUGUUGAAUUUGCACAGAAUGACGCUAACAUCAAAGCUGACCUUUAACUGAAUCAAAUUAUUGACAUUUAUGUUUAAAAAAUCUUAUUAAAGAGUUAGGGCUCUUACUUAGAUAAAGGAGAAAAAAAAAGAAAUUCAUUUUUUAUUAUUAAGGAUAAUGUUUAAUUAUUUUCAAUUUUGAUUCGCCCUUUUAAAAUGAAGUCUCAUUAAGUCGGUCAGGUUUUCGUCUCAAAAAAUGUCAUUGAAAUCAAGUUUCACCGUAGUUUAAAACUUUUAAAGUUUAUGAGCUACUUCAUUUAAAUGAGCCUAAUUAUUUUUAAAUUUAAUAAUGCGCAUUGUUUUUACACUGAUGAUAUGAAUGCAAUAAAACUUAUAGAAAUUGUAGAAUAUAUACCAAAACUUGAUUUUUUAAAUAUUUGUAUGGUAUAUAGUUAAGUUAAGGAUAAAAUAAUUGUGUAAUAUGUUUGUAAUAUUUAUUAAAAGAAACCUCUCUAUAUCGCAUAAUAAUAUAACAUCUCUAAUAUUUGUCUGUUUUUCUGUGUAUUAGUUAGUAUAUUUAACCAUUACGUUUUUUUUUGUUUAAAAAAAAAAAAUGCUCAUUGCUCAAAAUGCUCAUGACUAAUUUUUUGGAGACAGUAACUUUGUAUUAUGAUUUAUAUUAUCGAUUAGUCCAGUGUGUUGUUUUUAUUUUAAAUUGCAAGCCUUUAUGCCCAACAUAUAUUUAAUGUGUAGUAUGAAUCUAGUUGUGCAACAUUUUUUAUCAUUCAUAAGUAAUAAUAGAAAAGUUAAUUAAUUUUUUACUGUUGAUUUUUCUGCCUAGUUUGUUUAAACGUAAUGCUAUUCAUGUGAUGUUUUAAUUAAAUUAGAAACAUGACCUAGAUCUGUAUUUUAUUUUGAUCUGUUAUGCGUAUGCGUGUCAAACCACAAAAAUAGUGUUUUUAGUAUUUAUUCAUUUUACGCAUUAAAUCUAUAUAUCACUAUUUAUAUUAUCACAAUUUCUAGAGAUUUGAGUUUGAUUUACAUUUGAUUUUUUUGUAAUAUAUAAUGUUUAAUAUGACUUUUCCAUUAUAUAUA